UCUGUAUUCCUAACAGACCACAGUGCAGGUCAGUUUGUUUUCCAUCUCAGGGCAUGAUGAGCGGAGUGAAGGGAGCAGUGCUGUUGCUGCUGCUGGCAGUCACCGGCUCAGAUGCAGCACCGUCUGCAGAAGAGUGUGCUGGUCUGACCAAAAGGCUGCCGACAAAAGAUCUGGAGAAGAUUUUUGGGGAGUGGGUUCUGGCCUGGUCUGUCUCCAACCAUGAGAAAGGCCAUGGCUUGCUGUCACAAUUAUCCAGCUCCCACGUCGAGUUCAAACUCCUCCCUGACAAUAAAACCAUUGAGUACAAUGAGAGGAACAGGUUCUCUCCUGAAUCCUGCACUAUAUACUUCAGCAACAUGACAGUACCCUCUGACAACAGUACUGAGCACCACACACUGCCAUGUGAUUUCAUCAGAGUGGAGAAGGACGGUGUUGAUCAGAAGUAUAAUGACACAGGUUAUGUGGACUUCUAUGAGACCUGCGCCGACUGCCUAUUGAUGACCUACAAAACCUCAUUGUACAAAUACCUGCUAAGCUACAGGAGGGAGGGGUCACAUCGGGAUGUUGAGCAGAUGAAAGCUGCCCAUGAUGACCUUAAGAAAAUGGCUGAGUGUCUGGGAUACCCUCAUGACAAACCAUACACUUACGACGGACUCGCAGAUUUCUGUCAUCAUAAAUCUGCUCCAGAGGCAGUUGCUCCACAGUUUGUCCUGUCAGUCUGUAUUCCUAACAGACCACAGUGCAGGUCAGUUUGUUUUCCAUCUCAGGGCAUGAUGAGCGGAGUGAAGGGAGCAGUGCUGUUGCUGCUGCUGGCAGUCACCGGCUCAGAUGCAGCACCGUCUGCAGAAGAGUGUGCUGGUCUGACCAAAAGGCUGCCGACAAAAGAUCUGGAGAAGAUUUUUGGGGAGUGGGUUCUGGCCUGGUCUGUCUCCAACCAUGAGAAAGGCCAUGGCUUGCUGUCACAAUUAUCCAGCUCCCACGUCGAGUUCAAACUCCGCCCUGACAAUAAAACCAUUAUGUACAAUGAGAGGAGCAGGUUCCCUCCUGACUCCUGCACUAUAUACUUCAUCAACAUGACAGUACCGUCUGACAACAGCACUGAGCACCACACACUGCCAUGUGAUUUCAUCAGAGUGGAGAAGGACGGUGUUGAUCAGAAGCAUAAUGAUACAGGUCGUGUGGACUUCUAUGAGACCUGCACCGACUGCCUAUUGAUGACCUACAAAACCUCAUCGCACAAAUACCUGCUAAGCUACAGGAGGGAGGGGUCACAUCGGGAUGUUGAGCAGAUGAAAGCUGCCCAUGAUGACCUUAAGAAAAUGGCUGAGUGUCUGGGAUUCCCUCAUGACAAACCAUACACUUACGACGGACUCGCAGAUUUCUGUCAUCAUAAAUCUGCUCCAGAGGCAGUUGCUCCACAGGCCUAAGUGGGUCAAACGAAACAUACAGUACCACCACCACCUCUCCAAAAAUACAAUUAAAUAAAACCAAAUCUAAACUCUAAA